AUUACUCCCGACCACUUCGCCAGCACUGCAGAGGAGCGAGAUGAGUGGAUCAAAGCAUUACGUGAGGCUAUAGAGGACAAUGCCUCACGGCGCUCUACGUUCCUGCAAGCAAAGAUGCCUACUUACCAACAGCCAGCCACCUCCACACUGGGCAAACAGGCUCCUGUCUGGAUCCCCGACUAUAGAGUGACAAUGUGCCAGCAAUGCACAGCAGAAUUCACCCUCACUUUCCGCAGACACCAUUGCCGUGCUUGUGGAAAGGUUGUGUGUGAUCACUGUUCCUCCAACCGAGCUCCACUCCAGUAUAAGAGAAACCAGGUGGCUCGAGUGUGUGACACCUGCUUCGAAGUCCUGCAGAAGGACUUUGAGAGCAAAUAUGAGGGUUCAAUGACUGUGGAGGACACACAGGAGGCAAGGAUAAGGAGGGUGUCAAGUCUCAAGGCUCAGUUUAAGAGGGGAAUCCGAGAUAGCAACAGGAACAAAACCAGGAAGAAGGUGCCUGAGAGGCUGAUGGAGGUGUGUGCAAGUGACGAGGCUUCUCAGAUGUGCGGUUACCUUAGGAUGAUGGUCAGAAGGUCAUGGAGAAGAGGCUGGUUUGUCCUUAAAGACAGAGUUCUGUACGAGUAUAGAGCACCAGAAGAUGUGUGUGCAUUGCAGAGCUUCCCCGUCUUAGGGUAUGCAGUGAAAACAACACAGGAUCGAGAGAUGACAGAAGGAAUCGAUGCUUGUUUAGUCUUCCAGCUGACACAUUGCAACCAGCCUCCCCUCGUCUUCCAAGCUGACACUCCGCACUUAACCGAGAAGUGGAUAGGAGCGAUGAGGGAAGCUGUUGUCCUGACCUGAGACCUCAGCAAAGGUCAACCUGGUCUGAAAUAGUUCUCUUUGCCUGCACCUACAGUAACAUGGAGGCUAGCAAUCAACACAUCCCUGAGAAAAAAAAUUAUUCCUUCUUUUUUCCAUAGCACUCACUUGAACUAUGGAUGAGACAUGGAGAGAACAAAUUGUGAACAGGUCUCCAUGAAAAGUGAAGUUGUGAAGAAAGAAAUGAGAAGUUCUCUGUGGCGUGUGUGAUGUGUGAAGCCGAGGGGGAUUGUAGUCAAGAGGGUGACCUUUUUUUCCAGCAUGAAUGAGGCUUUUGAGGCGGUAGUCUAGAGGCUACUCAAGAAGAGAGUAAUGACAAUAGAAUCCAAGUGCUGAAGUAGAGCAAAUAACACAAAAAGUCUUAUGUCUUUCCAAGUCUGUGAUGAAAAUCUGUUACAACGAUGUUAUAUGUAUUGUUGAGAUGUUUUAUUAUAUAUAAAAUUCGGUCAGUAUUUUGUGCAUAGUCUUCACUCCCUACUUAUUUUUCUCUGUACAAUAUUGACAAAUCAGGAUUGUUAUUGAAUUUGCUUACGUUUUAACUUUUUAUUUUUACCCCAAGUCUCUCACUAGGAGUGUUUUAUUAGGAGCGUGGUCUGUUUUAACCCUAUGAAUCAUCAGUCAUUAUCAAAGCUCAAGUUUGUAUAUGGCAGUAUCCUGUACCUGUAAUGUUUUACAUUACAUUAGCCAUUUUCCCUUCUCCUGUCAGACUACCAUCUAAUUACCUACUGUCUGUCUUUGUCUAUAUGAUUAUCUCUGUUACAUGUUCUUAAACCUGGUAUUAUUUAUUUUACUCUGUCUAUGGUUGCUCCAUAUAUUAUCAUUAUAAUUAUCCAUCAUUCAGAUGUUUACACAAGAGAUCGGAUAGACUUCUUUGUCUCCAUAUUAAACAUUUUCUCUUUGA